UAUAAUCGGGAGCAAAAAGAAUAAACAGCGCAAAAGUUUGAGGUCGCUACCUUUGAGAGAAGCUUCGCAGUCUGAUUAUCUAGAAAACCAUCCUUCACCUAUCGCACGCAGAACCUCACCCUCCCCUCAAUUAGCUGACGAAAAGAUGCCAGGGACAAAUGAGAUAGCAUACAUCGACUUUUUGGACUCGGAUUUCGUGUCCCUUCGAGUUCGUCAGACAGGACGAUCGUUUAGAAUCCAUCGGAAACUGCUUCAAUCAAAGUCCAGGCCGCUAAUUGCAGCUUUGGAUAGUACGCUCCUAGAAGGACAGAACUUCCUGUACGAGUUUGAAGAUGUAAAAGAGGGAACAGUGGCUCGGUUUAUUGAAUGGGCAUAUCGAGGGGAUUAUCCUACUCCUAUCAUCAUUUUGGAGCCUCUUCCGCCCUCGUUUAACCCGGAAAAGGUCGACACAGACAUCGAGGAUAAGCCUACAACAAAAACUCCAGAAAUGGAUUUCACGUCGGAGAAUCAUCCUCUUCUUGUCCAUAUUCGGCUUUAUAUCUUCUCCCAUCUUUAUAUUAUUCCUGAACUUCAAAAACUGGCCUACGAGAAGGUGACCGCCUGUUUCGCGGACCUCGACAAGCCGGAUGGGCUCGACAAGCAACUUGCAGUGAUUGAUGCUUUACGGCUCUGUCUUUCCAAACUUUCUCAAAAUGAUACAUUGUUGGACUGGCUGGCUCAAUAUGCCGCUUACAGUAUUGACAAAUUGCGGCUACAGGGCUCUUUUCAUGAUCUUCUGAAAGAUUUUCCAUCUUUGAGCUCCCGUAUGAUGAUUUCGCUGAAUCCAGCACAGUCUCCGCCAUGGCGGAGUACACAGCAAAAGUACCAGUUCACGCAAUAUUCUGCUAGAUGGACGGGUGAUAUUUAUGAUAUCUGAGAAUCUCAGUAAGCCAACGCAGCCAAGCGGAUAUCGCGGUCAUUCGGACUGGUACACAUCGCUUAUCUAAGCUUACUGUGUUUGUGCGGUGCUCGUUGAAAUGUUUUUCCUCUCCGGUUUCCAGUAAUAGCUUGCUUUUGCGCGCUCGAUUUUCUAUGUUCCUACACGGUUCGAUAUGGUCUUAUCGCUUCUCUAAAUUUCGUUUCGAGCUUUGAAUGCUUGCCUGCCUG